GGUUUAUCUCGACUCGUAAACACACAAGCAGACGUCACGCGUUACGGAUCACGAAAAACAUUAAAGAAUUUAUUUAAUUUUAGGUUUAGUUGUCUAUAAUUUACUACAAAUAUAAUGUUUACAUACAAGAAAUAAAGAAACGCUAUUUUGCUUUACUUUGUGACCCUGUUACUUUCUCCAGGAUGGAGGCAAUCGGGGUGGUUUUGUGUGACAAUUUGAUAAAGUGGUUGCAGACUCUAGAUCUUAAGGCAAAACAUGGGAAUCCGUCAGAAUUAUCAGAUGGUGUGGCCAUAGCAGAGGCCCUCACACAAAUAGCACCGGAAUACUUCACUGUGGUGUGGAAUUCUAAAAUAAAGACAGAUGUUGGACAUAACUGGAGAUUAAAAGUCAGCAAUUUAAAAAAAAUACUGGAGGGUGUUGUAGAUUAUCAUCAAGAUAUUCUUAAUUUAAGUUUGCAAGAGUUUUCAAGGCCAGAUGUAGUAAAUAUAGCAGAGACAGCGGAUCCCUCCGACUUAGGGAGAUUGCUACAACUCGUUUUGAGUUGUGCAGUCAACUGUGUAAAGAAAGAAGAGUACAUCACUAGAAUAAUGGAAAUGGAACUAUCUUGCCAGAGAUCAAUUAUGCAGGCCAUACAGGAACUGCAGACUCUAACGCUGGGCGUGAACCGUGGCAGUGUGCACUUGGACGCGGCGCCCGCCGACAGCUCGGAUGCGGACAUGAGGGAAGCCCUCGCGCAGAGGUGCCAUGAACUCGAUACGCAGGUAAAAAUUCUCCAAGAAGAGAAAAUGACACUGUUAAGCGAGGUCGGUCGCUUGACAGCGGCGCGGGAAACCGUAGUGGAAUCAGGUGACGCCGAGUUGGACGACGCGGGCGCGUCACUUGGGCCAGCCCACGCCGGCACGUUGCGAUACACGACGAUGCGCGCGCAACUAGACGCGCUCAAAGAUGAAUUGGACAAGGUGGAACUGCAGCGUGAUGAUCAGCAUGCGAGGGCUGAUGCGCUGGAGAGGGAGUUGGCCCUCAUGAAGCUCAGGAAUGAAGAACUACAGAUGGCAGCAUCAGAAAACAUAGCUCUAAAGGAUGAAUUGGACGCUUUACGAGAGACUGCGGCCAAAGCAACAGCGUUAGAGGCAACAGUUGCCUCUUACAAGAAGCGUAUGGAAGAGCACGUCGAUCUACGGAGACAGGUGAAGUUGUUGGAGCGAGCGAACACCGAGCACGUGCAACGCGCGAUCGAGCACGAACAGGCCGCCGCUAAGGCGAACGCUAUAAGAGCGCAGUUGGAUAUAUACAAGAAACAGAUGAUGGACCUUAACGAGAAGCUGGACGGUGAGAUAACAAAAGCAGACAAGCUUGAGAUUGAGAACAAGAAGCUGAGCAGUCGCGUGGCGUCAGUACAGCGUGAGCGUGACGCGUUACUGCACGAGCGGGACACGCUGCGGGACACUGUCGACGAACUACGGUGUUCUACUAUUACUGCUGGUGCCAAUGAAGACAAUGUUUCUCGAGAACUAAUUCCCAACGACCUCAAAGAGCAGUUGAUACGACUGGAGCACGAGAACAAGCUGUUACGGCAGAACCAAGGCGCUCAGGCCGACCAGGCCUCUGUGCAGGCUUUGCUAGAAGACUACGUCGCGCGUUUAGAGAAGCAACGCGCUAUGAAUCGCGAGGCGAAUCAACGCAUCAUGCAAUUAGAGGCAACACUCGAAGCCCCCCACCCACGCCUCGCCUCAGCCAUCGAGGACAAUCAGAGAAAAUCGUUGCAAGUAGAAGAGUUACAAGCGGCUUUAGCAGAGGAGCGGCGCCGGGCGACUAAGUUCCAAGAGGCACUGGCGGCCAGGGACGCGGAACUUUUGGCGACCGAGGACAAGUACAAGAAGUGCUUGGAGAAGGCUAAAGAUGUCAUCAAGUCGUUGGAUCCUAGAGCUUCUGCUCAACAGUCGCUGUCGGAUAUAACUUUGGGAUACUCUCGAGCCGCGGGAACAGGUGCGGGUCCUUCGCGGCCUGAAACCGCUCCCGCUGCCAGUAAUCGUCACGAAUGGAGCGGCAGCCCGGAGGAGGGCGGGCGCGCGGGCGCCAGCGAGCAGCGGCUGCUGGCCACGGCGUGGUACCAGCUGGGCGCGCGCUGCCACCGCGACGCCGUGGAGUCGCGCUUCACGCUGCUGUCGGCCGGACACUCGUUCCUGGCGCGCCAGCGCCGCCACGCGCCGCGCCCGCGACACGCCGCGCCCGCGCCCGCGCCCUCCGCGCCCGCGCAGUCGCACUAACUAGCACAGGGUACGAAUAUCUUGAUACUGUACAUUUUGGACGCGUAUUUUUUUGCUAACAAAUCGUCUGAUUGUCGAAUUAAAGAAUAACUUUUUGAAGAAACGAAAGUUACAUAGUUACCUUAAUCUAUCAUCUUUUUCCUUAGGUAACAUCUUGACGUUAGACGAUUUCGUAAAGAAAUGUGUUCAAUUUUAACUUAUCCUGGUGGACAUUAACACCUUAGUCAUUUACUCUAUUGUCAGCGCCAGAGUAUCAUGAAUGAGGGGUCGUAAAAAAAACUUGACUGGAGUUAUUGGUUGAAUCCAUCCUGUCGUACCCCGCACAAACAACCAUUUUAAACAUGAGUUCUGCAACCAUUGGUUCAAAUUCGAGUUCUUUGCGUCCUGUUAUACAGGUAACAAUCCACACAACUGUCCGUAAAUUCGUACGAAUUUACCUGCUAUUAGGUAACCUAUGCGGUAUGAACUGAUUCCUGGACUAACACCUAAGUGUUCAGAGUGAAUGAUAUGUGAUCUAACAUCCGAGACCCGUUACAAAGUACUAAUAAGUUGAAUGUACUCAAUAUUUUGUAGAUAUACUAUUGGCAACAUGGGUACUAGUGUUUGUAUAUAAUGUGUAUGUAUAUUGUUGACGUCUGAUUGGUUGCUGGCCGACCAAUCACUUCCAUCCUUUUAAAUCUACGUCAAUUGAAAUCACAUCAUUUUUGUGGGUAUGUGUAAAUGUAUAUCUUUAAACCACAAGUUUAUGGGUGUUAGAUAAAUUGAAUGUAACAUUUUAAAAGACCAUUUUAUUUAAUGUAUGUUAUGACCCAUGUAAAAAUUAGGUAAUCCAAAUGUUAGGACAAAUUUUCCUUUUUUAACUUGCUCAUAUGUAUGUUAAUAAUUAGUUUUAGUUUGAGAGCACGAAUGUAACCACCUGAGUUAACUGUUAUAGUUUAAUUUGAUUACAUUAACGUUAGGGACCCUUUGCUUAUAGCUAAGUGUUUAUUUUCCUUUGGGAUGGAACAAGUCUGCCUUUCGAUACGUUGUGGUAUCGCGGUGCUUACUGAAUUAUGGAACACAUGGAUUGUAGUAAAGAGCUACUCCUAUUUUAAGGAGAUAUUUUGUAUCAGCUUUAUUCGAUUUAGACUGCUUUUCCACCAGGGAUACGUUUAGAGAAGUGUAUAAAAAAGCAUUAGAAUAAUUAAUUCUAAAUAGCUUAUUGGAUGUAACAAAAGAGUCCAACCUUCGAUAACUGGUGUAAUGAACCAGUAACUAAGUUAUCUGACGGGGUCUCUGGUUGUUCAAAUCCUUCCAUUAUACUCGCUACACGAAGAAUUAUGUAGCUUAAUUUUCCUUAUCCAUAAAGUACUCUUUCUCUUAAAAAACGACCUUGUGUCGCGGGGAUUUUCACAAACAUACAAAUCACAUGCACAAAAACAUCCAGACUCAGAACAAGCAUUCGUGGAUCACAAAAAUGCUUGUCCUAUGCGGGGAUCGACACGCCGCGCACUGUGGGUUUGGCGUAGUGACCACAACCACUCAGCUAUCGAUGCAGUUAAGAGUGAUUCUAUUUGCUUUUAGAAAUGCAUUCCUCUCUACGCUCCCCUGGUGGAAACGAAGUUUUAACCCGAGACUCACCGUCCCUUACCUUCUAACCUUACUCUGCAAAGCAACAUUGUACAGUCUAACUAUAACAAUUUUAUUAUAUUGCUGCAAAACUGAAAAUCUUCUAUUGUGACAAUAUCGUUUUCCUUUGUUAUUUCACUUCUUUUUAAUAUAAGUUAUAAUACGUGUGAUCUUAGAACAAGCCUAGAUAUUAUAUUUGCACUACAUAUUAUUUUAAGAUAAUAAUCAUAAUUUUUAUAAUGUCGUUUUAUAUCAGUAUUUUUGUUAAUAUUUAUAAAUGUUGUAACCAAUGUCAUAUGUAACUAGAAUUUAUCAUUUGUUAAUUUUUAAAACAAUUAUAAUCGUAUUAGAAUUCUGACGCCAAUUAUUUUAUUCAUACAAUUAUGUCUAAUUCUCAAUAACUUUUAGUGAGAAAACAACAUUUUCCUUAAUUUUAUUGGUAAGCUUUACCAGUACCGUGAAUGGAGGUAUUUAUGCAAAACAGUGCAAAUUAUUUAUUUAAUUUAAGUAUAAAUUGUAUUAAUUGUUGAUGAUGACAAUAUAGUUUUGGAAUUUUU